AUGAUACGUUCACGUUGCUUGAACUUCGAAUCCAUUGUUAAAGAGGAAAAUGACUUGUUAAGAAAGGAAACCUUAGCUGAGGGUAUUAUAAGAAUCGACAGUGAUGUUGAUUAUUGGGAGUUUGUUGAAGCUACUUAUACUCCCGAAGUUGAGUUGGAUGUCAACAUUGACCACCAAAAAGAACUAAUCCUUGAUUGGGCUGACAAUGAGGUGUUAUCAGAUGGUAACAUGUAUGAUUUGAAUGAUAAGGAAGAAGAGGAUGAUAAGGAACAAGCGGAUGACUUGGAUGAUAUUAUGGCAUAUGAAAAUGAAGUUGAUGAAGAAGUCCAUACCUUUAACAAAACUGUUGGUGACGAUUUUUUAAACGAACUUUCAGGUAUUGGUAACCUCAGUGAUGAUGAUGAACCUAAUGAUUUUAUAGAUGAUAAGGUUGUAUUCCCUGUCCAUGAUGAGAAACAAGAAUGGGAUAAGAUGGUGCCAGUUAUAGGUAUGAAGUUUGCUAACCCAAUACAACUGAAGCUAUGUGUAACCAAUUAUGUAGUGAAGAAUGGGUAUGAUUUAUGGUAUGAAAAAAGUGAUCAUAACAGGUUACUGGUGAAAUGUUGCAAAGGUAAGAAGAAUAAGAAGAAUAAAGGUUGUCCCUUUAGGUUGUGGGCAACCUGGAUGACCAAUGAAAGGUCAUUCAAAAUUAAAUCUUUAAUUGAUAACCAUAAUUGCUCAAGAGUCUUCAAAUUUGGGUCCAUUGUUAGCUAUAAAUGGAUAGGGAAUCAUUUCAUGAAUGAGAUACUCCAGAAACCAAAGAUGAGUGUGAGGAAAUUAAAGGCUAAAGAACACUAUGCUAAAACUUGGAGCUAUGGAGUGGAGCUAAGAAGGACUAACCCUGGAUCAACAGUGAAGAUGGAUGUAGAUGUGAUGCCUGAUGGAACCACUUACUUCUCAAAGUUUUGUAUAAUUUUAAAAGGUGUGAAGGAUGGAUGGAUUCAAGGUUGUAGGAGGGUAAUUGGACUAGAUGGUUGCUUAUUAAAAGGAAUUUGCAGAGGUCAGUUGCUUGCUGUUGUAGGUAGGGAUGCAAACAACCAUAUCUACCCUCUUGCUUGGGCUGUGGUUGCAGUGGAGAGUAAAGAAACAUGGAAGUGGUUUGUUGACCUUCUCCAUGAUGACAUUAAAAUGGGAAGUGGGCGUGGAUUGACAUUAAUAUCAGACCAACACAAAGGAUUACUUGAGGCUGUCAAGGAAAGGGUGCCUACAAUAGAGAAUAGACAAUGUUCCAGGCACAUAUGCGCUAACUUUUUGAAAAAAUUUAAGGGGCAACAGUUCAGUAAACUUUUCUGGUAUGCUGCUGCUUCUACUACCCAGGUUAAAUUUGAGCAACAUAUGAAUGAAAUCAAGAAGCUAGAACCACUUGCCUAUGAUCAUCUGAUGGAGAGGGAUCCUAAAAGUUGGAGUAAAGCAUUCUUUGAGACUGAUAGGGCAUGUGAUGCAUAUGAAUAUGGUGUAUCUGAGAGUUUUAACUCAGUCAUUGAUGAUGCCAAGAAGAGACCUCUAAUCACUAUGUUAGAGGAAAUUAGAAUUUAUGUUAUGGAGAGACUUUUUACACAGAAAAGUAAGGGAAGUUAUUGGGGAGACUUACACAUAUGUCCUUCCAUUAGACUGAAAUUGUCUAAGAUUAAGGUACUUCAAAGAUUUUGGAGAGUUGUACCAUCUGGUUAUCAAGAAUUUGAAGUGAGGCUUGGAUAUGAUACAUAUUUUGUAGACCUUGGUAAGAAGACAUGUGCAUGUAGAGCUUGUAAAUUAAUUGGUUACCUUUGUGUGCAUGCAUAUGCUGCCAUUUCAAACCUCAAUAGGGAUCCAGAGGACUAUGUGUCACCAUGGUUGACACAACAAUGUUUGGUUGAAUUAGCUCAAGAAGUUGAUGUGGCAAGUGAUAGUGACAAUGAAGUUCAAAUGGAGUCUGAUAGUGAGGUGGAGUCUUAUAAAGUUGAUUUUGAAGAGGAUAGUCAUAGAUAUGAAGAUGUAGACCAACCUGAGGUUGGAGUUAAAGCUCAAGGAUAUGGUGAAGGUGUAGUUGGAGGGAUUGAAGAACAUGUUGAAGUUGAAGCAUAG